CCCUUGGGUGGCGGCGGAGCUGGUAACCUCGGUAGGAACAGUUCCAGCAGCGGUAACAGUGACUAUUAGAGAUGGCGGCGGCUGCUGCGGGACCUGCCGCAGCCCAGAGGUUUUUCCGGAGCUUCUCAGAUGCUCUGAUUGACGAGGACCCCCAGGCGGCGUUGGAGGAGCUGACUAAGGCUCUGGAGCAGAAACCAGAUGAUGCACAGUAUUACUGUCAAAGAGCUUAUUGUCACAUUCUUCUUGGGAAUUACCGUGAUGCUGUUGCUGAUGCAAAGAAAUCUCUUGAACUUAAUCCAGAUAGUUCCAUUGCUCUGCUGAGAAAGGGGAUAUGUGAAUACCAUGAAAAAAACUAUGCUGCUGCUCUAGAAGCUUUUACAGAAGGACAGAAAUUAGAUAGUGCAGAUGCUGAUUUCAUUGUCUGGAUUAAAAGGUGUCAAGAAGCUCAGAAUGGAUCACAGCCCGAGGUGUCUGCAUCCCAGAGGACUUAUCAGUCAAAAAUCAAGUAUGACUGGUAUCAAACAGAAUCUCAAGUAAUCAUUACACUUAUGAUCAAGAAUGUUCAGAAGAAUGAUGUAAAUGUGGGAUUUUCAGAAAAAGAGUUGUCCGCAUUGGUGAAACUUCCUUCUGGAGAGGAUUAUAAUUUGAAGCUGAGACUUCUUCAUCCUAUAAUACCAGAACAGAGCACAUUUAAAGUACUUUCAACAAAGAUUGAAAUUAAAAUGAAAAAGCCAGAGGCUGUGAGAUGGGAAAAGCUAGAGGGGCAAGGAGAUGUGCCUAACCCCAGACGGUUCAUAACAGAUGUAAAGAUGAUGUAUCCAUCAUCAUCUCAUUAUACAAGAAAUUGGGAUAAAUUGGUUGGUGAGAUCAAAGAAGAAGAAAAGAAUGAGAAGUUGGAGGGAGAUGCAGCUUUAAACAAAUUAUUUCAGCAGAUCUAUUCAGAUGGUUCUGAUGAAGUGAAACGUGCCAUGAACAAAUCAUUUAUGGAGUCUGGUGGUACAGUUUUGAGUACCAACUGGUCUGAUGUAGGUAAAAGGAAAGUUGAAAUCAAUCCUCCUGAUGAUAUGGAAUGGAAAAAAUACUAAAUAAAUUAAUUUGCUAUCACUGUAUUGCAUAUAUUCAGCUAACGCCCAUUGUGUAUUAAUACUGCAUUCUUGAAUUUUGAACACUGAGUACAUCUUUUUAAAGGAUUAUACCUCUUUACCUCUUUGUGCUUUAGAAAUUAUUUUCCUUCAAGUGUUCUACGAGUCUAAUGAAUGAAGGUCAUGUUUUAUCACUUUUGUCCUUAAGGACUUCAGAUAUGCUGAAAUGGAAUGAAGUAUCAUUUGCUGCUAGAUAGAUUAAUUCUACCUAGUUGUGGGAGUGGAGAAAUUGUUAAUGGGAUAUCUUGGGUUAUUGCCUUAUUUUUGAUGCAGUAUUCUGUUAAUAAUUUAUUAGACGUGACAACUUUGGGUGAGCAUAGAUUUCUCAAUUUCAGUGUUAUAUUGUUUGCUUUUAAAAACUGCUUUUGAAUGGAGUUGUAAAUACAAUUUUUCUAUGAAGAAGUUUGGUUUAUUUACCUUUUUCUUAAGUUUUUAAUGAAAACUUUGAGAAAUUAUUUAUCACAGGGGAUUCCCAUUUGAUUAUUUUUAUGGGGAGUAUUUGUAAUUGCACUGAGAAUUUUGGUCCUUACCCUUCAAAUUCCUGUAUAAAACAUUGACACCUGAGUUUAUCAUGCUGCAAAUUUAACUGUACUGAAGGCUAAUCUGUGAAGUGGGGUCAAACAGUAAUUUAGGAGAGCCCAGCUCCACUUCUUGCUGCUUUUGCCACAGCAGGAUUCAUGAAAUUACAAGACUGGUGGUUUGGUUUGGUUUUUUUUCUUCUUUUUAUCUUUAUUAGAAAAUCUCUCUUCUUAUAGCCCCAUGAUUACUUUGCUUUUGGUGGUUUAGGGCAGCUACUGAGAGAGUAAUAUGUAUACAUUUAGUAUCUAUUCUGUUUAUAGAAUAAAUAGAUACCAUGGGAAUACAAAAACUAAAAGACAUGAUCGUUGAUUUCAAAGACUUUAUAAUCUAGCAGAGAGAGAAAAUUAACUUUCAGGAAGGAAUUAUGAAUGGUUGAAUGGUGAACUUAUUAAAAAUACAGUUUUGAGAUAGAAAAAAUAUCUAUCUGUGAUUAAAUGUUCUGUGAUUAAAACUGUUGAUAGUCUAAGCUGUUACAAAGCAAAGGCCAUGGAUGACCUGUAGGUCUGAUUCCUUUUCUCAUUGUAAUUUCGGAACCAUAGAGGGUGGUGUCUAUUAGGUCUCACUAACAUUUUGUGGCAAGGAAGUACUCUGUACCCUCAUAGCUGAGGAUAGGGUAAAUGGGAGGCAAAUUAGCCGCCAUCUCCAAAAAGAGUGGGAAUUCAGCCUCUUCCUUCUAGUUAUUUGACAUGUGUAGGGGAGUUCAUAAGGAAAAAGUGGUGGGGUGGUACCAGACCAUGCCCAGACUUGCUGUUACUGCUUGUUUAUGCAUGUAGGGGCUUUCCCUUGUCCUUCUGCCCACUUAGAGUUACAGGCUACUUUUUUUGAUGUUGAACACUGAAGGAAAAGGCAAAAUUAAGUUCUUGCAUGUAUGGAUUUCUAAAAUUUUCUCCUUAGGAAACAAGGUAGUGAUUAUGUUAAGUUUUCUCAGUACCAUUAGUCCCCAGGGGUAAGGAGGCUCUUGCUACAGAGAUGGUAAGUCAGUGGCAUACCCCAGAGACAAGACUCCUGGCUCUAGCAAGUCUCUGCCACCCACUAGCUUUAAAAUCUUUAACAGGUUUACAGCCUUCCUAUGUUUUAUUAGUUCCUUUAUCUGCAAAUCCAUAGGGUCUUAAAGUUUAAUUAAAAGUCCAUGAUUCUAAAUAAGGAAGCAUUUUUGCCUCUUAAAAGCAACUUUUUUCUUUCUUAGGAAUGACACUAUUAUAAUAGAAGUUGGGUUUUUUUAAAAGGUUCUAGUACUAGUUUUGCUUUUAUUUUAAAGGAUACACUGUCUAAAGUGUGUUUAUCUAUUGGCUGGAUUUGCUUAAGGAUGUGGGAUUCAGGAUUUUGCUGAGCCAAAUGGAGCUCCUAAUAUACAUGACUAUGUUAUAUUACAGUGUUACCUUGUCUAAAUACAAUAGGUUUAUGGGUAAAGAAGGGAAUUUUGAGAAGUAGGUUAGACUGCUUGCCCUGAAGUACCACUCUAAAGUACUGCUUCUCUUUCACCAUUCUAGACAAUGAAAAAUUGUAAGACUCCAGAAAGUUAAAAAACUUCAUUUUGAGCCUUUAUCUUUAUUCUCUGCUAUCGCAGCUUGGCUAUUAAUUGGUCCCACUUUCUUUCUAGACUCCAUUUCCUCCCUGCCUCCCUCCCUCCUUCCCUCCUUCCCUCCUUCCCUCCUUCCCCCCUUCCCCCCUUCUCCCACAUGGCUUUCAGGAUCUCAGUUCCCCCACCAGGGAUUGAACCCGGGCCAUGGCAGUGAAAGCCCAGAAUCCUAACCACUAGGCCACCAGGGAGCUCCCUAGACUCCCAUUUUCAGUUCUCAAAUCUUGGUUCUCUUUGUGCUCUAGUUACCCUUUUGUUUCUUUAGAAUGUACAUUUUUCUCUUAGUAUUUAUUUUCCUUUUUGAGGUUCAGUCUUAGAAUACAUUUUUUUCUAUCUUUAUAUGGAAUGGAAGAAAAGGAUGGUUUGCACUAAUAACUACAGUUGUCCCGCAGCCUGUCCCCACCCCCAGCAUUUCCAUUCCUUUGAUUUGAGAUAUUCACUAACUGCAGAACAUUGAAUUGUUAUUGUCUCCUUGAGUCUGGAAAAACUUUUAUUUUCUUAGCAGGCUAACUGUGUAGGACAGGGAGAAAAUAAUUGACCUGUCCUAGAUAAAUUUUUUAGAUAAAUUUCAAAUAAACAUUUAAAAUGAAGCUAUGGGCUUCCCUCGUGGCGCAGUGGUUAAGAAUCCGCCUGCCAAUGCAGGGGACAUGGGUUCGAGCCCUGGUCCAGGAAGAUCCCACAUGCCGCAGAGCAACUAAGCCCUUGCAUCACAACUACUGAGCCUGUGCUCUAGAGCCCGCGAGCCACAACUACUGAAGCCCGCACGCCUAGAGCCCACGCUCUGCAACAAGAGAAGCCACUGCAAUGAGAAGCCUGCGCACCGUAAUGAAGAGUAGCCCCUGCUCACCACAAAUAGAGAAAGCCUGCACGCAGCAACCAAGACCCAGCGCAGCCAAAAAUAAAUAAAUUAAUUAAUUAAAAAUAAAUAAAAUGAAGCUAUGUCACUAUGCUAUUAUGAAUAGUUUCGAUAGACAUUUUAAUUUAGUUCACUACUGAAAUGUGUUUUGGCUGUCCUUUCCCAUUUUACCUUCCUUUUCUCCUUCCCCAAUUAAAUACAUAUCAGAUUUAGGUCGUUGAUCAGAGAAAUACAUCACUGACCCAGAGCAGUAUUGCCUAUUAAUUGACCAUCUGAUCUGCUUAGGGCACUUUAAUUUGAUUGGGGUCUUCGUUGUCCAGGUUAGUGUGCAUGUCUGACUUGUAGCUAUUACUGAUAUUUCCAGAAAUAGAACUUUUCUGGGUGUUAUGUGGUGUUUGUUACUAGAGCCACUUUUUUUUUUGUAACCAGCUAGCUGUAAAGUUUACCUUUACACUCUUACCUGCUAUUUUAGCCCCAUAUUUUAGCAUCCAUAACAGAAUAUGGAUAUCUGUUAUCUCUGCCUUGGAGGAACCAAGGAGAGGAAAUAAUAAAAGCUAAAAGGACAAAAUAAUGGUUUCUGUGCCAGGAAGAGUCAUGUGUAGUUUUAAAUAAGGGGGACCAUCAACAUUGAUCUGGUUUCUUUUGUCUCCAACUAUGCAUAUUCUAUUGUAAAACCAUUUUACACAUAUCAAGAGAUUUUAUUUUGGAAACAUUGGGUACUUGUGGGUAAAUUGGAGAUACUGCUUUACUCAAAAGUGUUACUAUUUGGGGCCACCUUUGUGAUUUGCUUCUGAAAUUAAUUUAACUCUUAGCCUCUCUUCCUACCUCAGUAAACUUAUCCCCCAGAUCAGCUAAAAUCAUACACAUUGCCAGCCCAUGCGGGCAAUAACAGUGAUAACUAUUCUGUACUAGUGCUUUUUAUGGGCCAGGUGUGCUUUAUAUGUACUACCUCGUUUAUAACAGCCUUGUGAGGUAGUGAUAGCAUCCUGUCAUUUCAGAUCAGAAAAAUGAGGCCCAAGUUAAGUUCUUUGCCUAGUUCAGUCCACUGAUAAGUGAUGGACCUGGGAUUUGAACCGAGGCCUGUCAGAAUUCAGUUCCCAUGCUUUUAACAACUGAAUGAAUUGGGUGGACGAGUGAUUUUUAUUAAUUAAUCAGCUGUCUCACAAUGAAGCAGAGGAUGUGCAAGUUGAAGUUUUUAAUUCUUGUACAUGAGCUGGGAAGUACAUUUCAUAAAGAUCAGAAUAUUAUCAUCAGUUUCAUAAGUAGGAAAGCUUAUUAGGAGUCCAGAUCUCUUGCCUCUUGUAAAGGUAAUACAAGCAAGUAGUCUUGACUUGUAUUGAAGGUUUUGUUUUUCUCAAAUGCAGAUAAUUACAGAGAAACAAGAUACGCUUAGAACUGUUACAGGUGAAAGAAGACUGGCACAUCAUCCUGAUCAAAUUCUUGUUCUUUAAACUUGGGAGCUCUCAUACUAGUUUUCCUUGUUCAAAUGCUAAAAUUGUUUCAAGGUUUUUUUUUUUUCCUAUCUAGAUAUGUGUAUUAGGAUCAGUGUAUCACUGAUUUCUUCAAUAAAAUUGGAAUGAUUCAGGUUUAGUCCCUUUGUUCCAAUCAUGUUAGCACUUUAUAUACUGAAUUUUGCCUUGUCUGGAGUCUUCUAAAUGUUACCUUUGCUGUGCCUUCAGAUUUGAUUUUUUAAUUCUUAUAUUUGCAUUGAGACUUCUCAUACAUAUGUCGUUGACUUUAUUUUCUCUUAUAGGAUUCAGUUAUACAAAAGAUGUUUCAAAAACAGUACUGUUGGCCCAAAAGCAAUUUUUACUUAUCAAAAAGGAGUAAGGAAGAUAAUCUUCAAUGGUUGUAUAUGGGCUUUUAAAAACCAUGCUCUACAGUGUAACUACAAAAGCUCUAAAUAAUAGUAAACUGUUACACAUACUAUGUGCUUGAUGCUCUGUUAAGUGCAUUAAAAGGCAACAUUGCAUACUAGUUAAAUGCAUGGACUCUGAAGACAGCCUGCUUGAGAUCAAUCCUGGCUACACCGCUUACCAGCUGUGUGACAGUGGGCAGGUACUUAAUGUCUCUGUGCCUCAGUUUUCCUAUCUAAAUUGGGCUAAUAUACCCACCUCAUGGACUUAUAUGAGUUGAAUGUGUUAAUAAAAUUCUACAGUUAUUUAUCCUAAUCCAGAGGUCUCUAAAAACUAGAUUUGUGCAUGUUUGUGUGACUCAGUGGUUAAAAAAAACAAAAACCUGUCCUAAACUUGCAAUUUGAAUAGUCAUAUAUUUUGCUGCAGAAAUAUUUGUUUAAUAACAGUGCUACCACAGAUCCUGCUGAGGUUAUUAAAAAAUCAAUAGUAUAUCUGUACUGCAUUCUAAAAUUCAAAAUCCUGAAUUCAGAAACACAUCUGGCUCCAAAGUUUUUGAAUAGAGUUACAUGUACCUGUAUAUGUAAAGUGCAGAGAGCAGUGCUUAAUGUAUAUUAUGCAUUUAGGCUGAGAGGUUUAAGUAGUGUAGAAAGCCUUUUUGUUCUAAGUCCUUCAAGAUUCAGGAUUCUGUCUGAGGAAGGUAUAUCAGCUGCUUAAAAAUCAUUAGUAUAAUUAAAAAAAAAUUACAGUGAGAGCAUAAAAGUUCGCAGAAAAGCUUUUAUUUUGAAUGAGUAGUUAUUUUAAUUUACUUAAGCAGAGCUUAAAUAUGCAAGUAUUGUCAGCAGUACUUUAAAAAGAAUCAUAAAUUAGGAACUUCCCUGGUGGCACAGUGGUUAAGAAUCCACCUGCCAAUGCAGGGGACACGGGUUCGAGCCCUGGUCUGGGAAGAUCCCACAUGCUGCAGAGCAGCUAAGCCUGUGCGCCACAACUACUGAGCCUGUGCUCUAGAGCCUGUGUGCCACAACUACUGAAGCCCGCGCGCCACAACGAAGAGUAGCCCCCACUCGCUGCAGCUAGAGAGAGCCCGCGAGCAGCAACAAAGACCUAACGCAGGCAUAAAAUAAAUAAAUAAAUAAAAUUUAAAAAAGGAAUCAUAAAGUAUAGUGGUGCCAGAACACACAAACUAUAUGUAGAAUGUUAAGGGACUUCCUUUCAGAAGUUCUUUGAUUUUAAUUCCAUUUUUAUUUAAAUUCAAGACAGUAAAACUAUUAGGGCUUAUAAAAACAAGUCGCAAAAUCACGCCACUUGUAAACCACAGGUUCUGUCCUGUUAUUUCCAUCAGUGUAGAGAAACUGAUAGUUGUUUUUUUGCAAGAGUUAGUUCAUCAGUCUAUUCCCUCUCUACCCUGCUCCCUGCCCCUCAAACAAUCAGUGGGGAGCAAGAAGUAUGUGCAGUCCUUUGUAUAUAGACACUAGAACUAUAGACUCAAGUUUGGGGGUCUUCUCUCUCAACUACCACUUUUUGUCACUCAUUUGUACUCUAACAUUGACCUUUUCUGUGACCUAAUUGACUACAAAUGAACACUUUCCUAAGUUAGCUAGCUUAACUUAGUGCCUGUGAAAUAUGCUAAGAAAUUGAAUGUAUUUCCUUGGAAUUACUACUUACUAUUUUGCUAUUUAUUAGUUGCAAAAUGAUCAGUUUAUUUCGACUACCACAGAGGUAAUUGUUUCAUAGCAGAAAGGACACUAACACGUGAAUUUGGAAUCUUAAAAUCCCAGUUUUGUUAUGUUAAUAAUGGUGUGUUUUGAGGACAAGUGACUUAACCCUUCUGAACUUUUUUUUCUCAUCUCUAACACUAGAUGAUAAUUACCUGUCAGGAUUGUGAGGACUUAACUAAGUCCUGACUCAAAAGUAUGUGACCAAUAAUUGUCACUUAAGUAUAAAGUCCUUGAUUUUUUUUUCUCAGUGCUGGUGAGUAGUAGAAUUCCUAAAAGUAAGGUAACAAAUCUGACUUUUAGCUGCUAUUCAAGGGCAGCCUCAGCCGUUUUUUUAGCUGUAUCUGUCACUGCUUCACUGUGUACCUAAGCUCCAGGCACACAGGAAUAGUCUAUUUAGGGGUUUGCAUACUUUUUUUGUAAAGGGCCAUAUAAUGAAUAUUUUAGGCUUUGUGUGGCACAUAAAGACUCUAUUGCAUGUUCUUGUUUUUAGUUUGCAGACCUCUGCUCUGUCUGAAUAUCCCAUGUAUUUUUAUUCCUUCUUCCAUUUGACCUGGAAAGCUUCAAUUUCCUAUUGAUGUGUCAAAACUAAGUUAAUUAUGCCAUCUCCAGGAAAGCUGUUUAAUCUUGUUCUACUCUGUCAAUGACUGGCUUUGUAGCAGUUGGAUUGGGUUAUUUGCUUAUGGUUGAGGCACCCAUUAGAUCCUUUGAUAGAAUCAAACCAAAACCACAGUGUCCUGUGAGCAUGUUUGAGAGUUUCAUCUGUUCAUUAUCAAGUCACUACAGUUGACUCAUUUCUUCCCGCGUGACUGAGCUGCUUUGGGGAGGGUUGGGGGGGGGCUGGCUUUGAACUUUGUACCUGCAGUACCUGGUGCAUGGAGAAUAAGCUUUCAGAGUUUGGUAGAUGGUCUUAACGCUGCACAGAGGAAUGCCCUUAUUUUCUUCUCUUCAUUCUUUUAAGUGUCCUCAGUUAGAAUACUCUUGUUAAAUCUCCCCUUCCAUCCCCUCCACAGGAAUUCACUUCCACUCCAGCUGUGUUGUGGUGGAGGUGCCUUGUUGAUGCAUCUGUCAAGGCAACGCUCAGAGUUUCACCGAUUUUAGGGUUAGUUGUAUGGUGUCUGUUUUACCCUGUGUGUCCUACUUCAUUACGUUGUUAUUUACUUAUUUUUGGAUCUUUGAUGCCGAGUACAGUGCCUUUCACAUAGUAGAUAUUCAAGUAUUGAAACUGUUGUUGCACACUAAAGAAUUAAUUUUAAAAACUACUUUGUUUAUAAUAUGUGCCCUUGAAAUUAUUUAUUCAUCAAUAUAGAUAGAAUAGUAAUUUAAAAAUAGAUAUUUAACCCCUGGUCAUGAGAGCUAAAUAUAAUUUGUUCUUCAGUUAUCUACACCACUAGAGGGAAUAGCAAUUACAUAACUAAUCAAAAGCCAUGUGAUACGUAUUUUUUUGUGUUGCCAUUUAAUUUUCAGAUUCUUUUUAUUCCCCCCUGAUUGUUUUAAAACCAAAAUAUGUGUUUCCUUAAAGAAAGGACUGAAAUUUACUUUCUAAUUAGGUUAGUCAUCCUUUGGGAAGAAAUUUUGAGCCCAAGAAACUUGGGUAAAGGAGGCCAGAGUUUUACAAACCCCAGAAUUGGUUUGGGCAUAUGCACAGGUCUGGAAACUAAGAGUGAGUCGAGCAGUUUCAUUUAUAAGCAUACCAGCUUCUGGAGGCAAAAAUUUGGACUGCUUACUAGUACAUUUUUUUUCUGGAAAACCCCCAAAGAGAUUCUGAGCUACUGAAUACUACAUGAACCUCUUUGGUGAGGGUUACUUACUUUAUUUUUUUAACAAUAUUAAUACCUUUGCCGUCUUUCGAAAGCCAUAUACUUUUUUUCUUGGAUUGGGUUUUCACUUUAAUAUUGGUAAUAGAAUAAUAUAUAGAAUAAUAUAGGUAAGUGACAAAUACAUGUUCAUGGUAUCAUACCCAUUCAUUCAUUCAUCAACGUUGAGUGCAAGGUAUGUGCCAGACACUGUUCUGGACACUAGGGAUACACGGGUGAACAGAUUCCCUGCAUUUAUGAAGCCCAGCUUACGGGGGAGAUAAGCAGAAUGUAUGUUAAAUGACGUUAAGUGCUAAGGGAGAAAACUGCACGUGCGAAGAGGCCCAUAGGUGGUUGAAAUUUGAGAUGGGAGACCAAUUGAGAACUCAGUGAGCGGACCUGAACUCAGUGCAGACUGGAAGGGAGCAGAGGGAGUGGUGCAGGUUCCUGAGAAGGAGCAUUGCCAAAAGCAGGCACAGCAGACGUGCAGGCCUCGGUGUGUGUGCGGGACUCCAGGGAGGCUGUGGGUCUGGGGCCGGGCUGGUGAGCGUUGGGAUUGAGUGAGUGGAGGCAAUGGGGGCCUCAGUCACGUAGGGCCUUGCAGGUGGUAGAGGUGACGUGAUGGUAGCCAGUGCCAGGGCUUGCCCCAGCUUAAUGUGGAAUCCUGUUGUCCUCGGUGCUGUCAAAAAUUUUACUGGUUAUCGUUCUUUUUAAAAAUGUUCUGAUUUUUAUCAAGUGUAUAUACAGUCGAAUCAAAUUUAGUUUAUAAAUCUAGCAGGGAUUGCGGUGGAGUUUUGCUCUGAACACCUGAUGGUAUUGACGUGAAUGAAUUUGAGUUAUGGUAUAUGAGUUGGUGGGUAUAUGCGAAGGCCUUGGGUUCAGUACUUCCUUGAAAUAUUUAUUUCUGUUCUUUUAACACAUUAAAUUACAGAUAAUGUCACAUUUUAGUGUAAUCUGUGUUUAGCAAAGCUGUUUCCUGUUCUGCAAUAUAAGUAUGGUUAUAGCAUACUAGAUGCUGAGACAAAAUUGGAUUAAUUAGAAUGAUUGGUUGUGAACAGGGACUUAAUGAGUGUGGCAUAGGAUUUUAUGUUUAAUAGAAUUGUCAAAAUCAGAUCAGCAGGCAUGUUCUUAUGGGCCGUCUGCCAAGACUGGAAGUCACUUUGGUACCUGUACUCCCUUAAACGUGUAUUUGCAUUCCAUUCCUUGUCAACAUGAGACAAAACAAAGAAAAAUAAAAUCAGAAUUUUAGAGCUGGAAUGAAUCUUAA